AUGAGCACGCAAAAGCUUCUCGAUAUCGAUCCUCAGCCGCUAGCUUUUCGCUUUGAGCUGGGGAGACAAGCUUCUUGCAGAAUUAAGAUAUCUAAUAACUCCCAAGGGCAUGUUGCUUUUAAGGUUCUGACGACAAGUCCUCAGAGAUUCGGCGCUCGACCCAAUGUUGGAGUUCUUAAGCCCAAAUCAUGUGUUGAAAUUACAGUAAUUAUGCAGGGCCCGACAGAGAUCCCUUAUAACAUGGAGUGUAAUGAUAAGUUUAUGAUAAGAAGCGCUAUUGCAACACCUAAUCACACGCCAGAAAAUGCACAUGAGCUGUUCAAUGAAGAAGUACGUGCGGACGAAGGUUGCAGUUUGAAAGUGGUGUAUGUUAUUCCAAAUGCAUCGACUUCGCAACAGGGCCGGGCCCCCGAAUACGCCGGACCGGCCCUGGAUGUAAUACAGGGGCAUGGCGGAAAUGGAAUCGAUGUUGUUGAUUGGUUGAAGAAAGGCAUUGCUAUUGUCUUGCUAUGUUUGAUCAUUGGGUUUCUCGCAAUGAAGAUUAUGCCACUCAUAUGGAGUUUGACUUUUAUGAUGACGGUGUUGGUAGUGAAAUUGGGGAAGAAGUUUUUUUCAGAUAAUGCUGAACAAUGGAUACUGAAUAUUAUUCUUGCCUUUGGUGUUCAUAUCUUUUCGACUGUUUUCGGGCGGGGAGGAGCUAACUGA